CCCCAAAUACUCCAGAAGAAGAAAGUGGCUCAGGCUCUGGCUCAGGUUCUGGCUCAGGUGACUUUACUACAGCUCCAACAAUUUGUAAUGACUUCCCCAAGUAAUUCAGAAGAAGAAAGUGGCUCUGGCUCUGGCUCUGGUUCUGGUUCUGGUUCUGGCUCUGGUUCUGGCUCUGGUUCUGGCUCUGGCUCUGGUUCUGGCUCUGGCUCUGACUCAGGCUCUGGUUCUGGCUCAGGCUCUGGUUCUGGCUCAGGCUCUGGCUCUGGUUCUGGUUAUGGCUCUGGCUCUGAUUAUGGUUCUGGUUCUGGCUCAGGCUCUGGUUCUGGCUCAGGCUCUGGUUCUGGCUCUUACUCAGUCUCUGGUUCUGGCUCUGGCUCAGCUAAUCUAACUUUGUUGUAGACAUAUAGCAUUCAUGUUUAACCUAUUAUAUUUGAACAAAUUAUUCAUGACAACUUAUUUUGUAUUAUUAUGCAUGAUACGAUGAAAUACUUUCCAUAACAAACUACCUUCUUUGAUUUUUUCAUUAAUCCUCUUUUUGUCCCUGAACUUAAUCUACUAGUAUUUGGAUUCAUGCAUUCGUUAUACCUCAGGAAGCUGAUGUUCUUUGAAAGAAGGUUUCAUGACAAAUAUUUAAUUUUUUAAAAGCUGCUCAUAUAGUUUAAUCAUACGUUAUUCAUAUGCAACUUUGCUAUAACUCCAACAAUUAGUAUGUGUCAACAAUAUCAAACCAUUGCAAAACACUGUUUGG